AUGUGCUUCAAUUUCAUAAUGCCUCCUGCUAUGGCAGACAUCCUUGACAUCUGGGCAGUGGAUUCACAGAUAGCAUCUGAUGGCUCCAUACCUGUGGAUUUCCUUUUGCCCACUGGGAUUUAUAUCCAGUUGGAGGUACCUCGGGAUGCUACCAUUUCUAAUAUUAAACAGAUGUUGUGGACACAGAUUCAUGAUUACCCAAUGUUUAACCUCCUUAUGGAAGUUGACUCCUAUAUGUUUGCAUGUGUGAAUCAAACUGCUGUAUAUGAGGAGCUCGAAGAUGAAACAAGAAGACUCUGUGAUGUCAGACCUUUUCUUCCAGUUCUCAAAUUAGUGACUAGAAGUUGUGACCCAGGGGAAAAGUUAGACUCAAAAAUUGGAGUCCUUAUAGGAAAAGGUUUGCAUGAAUUUGAUGCCUUGAAGGAUCCUGAAGUGAAUGAAUUCCGAAUAAAAAUGCGUAAAUUCAGUGAGGAAAAGAUCCAGUCGCUUGUGGGAUUGUCUUGGAUGGACUGGCUAAAGCAGACAUAUCCACCAGAGCAUGAAUCAUCUAUCCUUGAAAACUUAGAAGAUAAACUUUAUGGAGGAAAGCUCAUUGUGGCUGUGCAUUUUGAAAAUUGUCAGGAUGUGUUUAGCUUUCAAGUAUCUCCUAAUAUGAAUCCUAUAAAAAUAAAUGAAUUGGCAAUCCAAAAACGUUUGACUAUUCAUUGGAAGGAGGAUGAAGUUAGCCCCUAUGACUAUGUGCUGCAAAUCAGUGGGAGAGUAGAAUAUGUAUUUGGUGAUCACUCACUAAUCCAAUUCCAGUAUAUCCGGAACUGUGUAAUGAACAGGACCUUGCCUCAUUUUAUACUUGUGGAAUGUUGCAAGAUCAAAAAGAUGUAUGAACAGGAAAUGAUUGCCAUAGAGGCUGCCAUAAAUCGAAAUUCAUCUAACCUUCCUCUUCCUUUACCACCAAAGAAACGAAUUAUUUCUCAUGUUUGGGAAAAUAACAACCCUUUCCAAAUUGUCUUGGUUAAGGGAAAUAAACUUAACACAGAAGAAAGUGUAAAAGUUCAUGUCAGGGCUGGUCUUUUUCAUGGUACUGAACUCCUGUGUAAAACCAUCGUAAGCUCAGAGAUAUCAGGGAAAAAUGAUCAUGUUUGGAAUGAACCCCUGGAGUUUGAUAUUAAUACUUGUGACCUGCCACGAAUGGCUAGAUUAUGUUUUGCUGUUUAUGCAGUUUUGGAUAAAGUGAAAACAAAGAAAUCUACUAAAACAAUUAAUGCCUCUAAAUAUCAGACCAUCAGGAAAUCUGGGAAAGUGCAUUAUCCUGUAGCAUGGGUAAAUACGAUGGUUUUUGACUUUAAAGGGCAGUUGAGAUCUGGAGACAUAAUAUUGCACAGCUGGUCUUCAUUUCCUGAUGAACUUGAAGAAAUGUUGAAUCCAAUGGGAACUGUUCAAACAAAUCCAUAUACUGAGAAUGCAACAGCUUUGCAUAUCAGAUUCCCAGAGAAUAAAAAACAACCUUAUUAUUACCCUCCCUUUGAUAAGAUUAUCGAAAAGGCAGCUGAGAUUGCAAGCAGCGAUAGUGCUAAUGUAUCAAGUCGGGGAGGAAAAAAGUUUCUUGCUGUACUGAAGGAAAUCUUGGACAGGGAUCCCUUGUCUCAACUGUGUGAGAAUGAAAUGGAUCUUAUUUGGACUUUACGACAAGACUGCAGAGAGAACUUCCCACAGUCACUGCCAAAGCUAUUACUGUCGAUCAAGUGGAAUAAACUUGAGGAUGUUGCUCAGCUUCAGGCACUACUUCAGAUUUGGCCUAAACUACCUCCUCGGGAGGCCCUGGAGCUUCUAGAUUUCAACUAUCCAGAUCAGUACGUUCGGGAAUAUGCUGUAGGCUGCCUGCGACAGAUGAGUGAUGAAGAACUCUCGCAAUAUCUUUUACAACUGGUGCAAGUUUUAAAAUAUGAGCCUUUUCUCGAUUGUGCCCUCUCUAGAUUCCUAUUAGAAAGAGCACUUGCUAAUCGGAGGAUAGGGCAGUUCCUAUUUUGGCACCUUAGAUCAGAAGUGCACAUUCCUGCUAUCUCCAUACAGUUUGGUGUCAUCCUUGAAGCGUACUGCCGGGGAAGUGUAGGGCACAUGAAAGUGCUUUCCAAGCAGGUCGAAGCACUCAAUAAAUUAAAAACUUUAAAUAGUUUAAUCAAACUGAAUGCAAUGAAGCUAAACAGAGCCAAAGGCAAAGAGGCCAUGCACACUUGUUUAAAACAGAAUGCUUACCGGGAAGCCCUCUCUGACCUGCAGUCCCCUCUGAACCCAUGUGUCAUCCUCUCAGAACUCUAUGUUGAAAAGUGUAAAUACAUGGAUUCUAAAAUGAAGCCGUUGUGGCUGGUAUACAACAACAAGGUAUUUGGUGAGGAUUCAGUCGGCGUGAUUUUUAAAAAUGGUGAUGAUUUACGACAGGAUAUGUUAACACUCCAAAUGCUGCGCUUGAUGGAUUUACUCUGGAAAGAAGCUGGUCUGGAUCUUCGGAUGUUGCCUUAUGGCUGCUUAGCGACAGGAGAUCGCUCAGGCCUCAUUGAAGUUGUGAGCACCUCUGAAACAAUUGCUGACAUUCAGCUGAACAGUAGCAAUGUGGCUGCUGCAGCAGCCUUCAAUAAAGAUGCCCUUCUGAACUGGCUUAAAGAAUACAAUUCUGGGGAUGAUUUGGACCGAGCCAUUGAGGAGUUUACCCUAUCCUGUGCUGGCUACUGUGUAGCUUCUUAUGUCCUUGGAAUUGGUGACAGACAUAGUGACAACAUCAUGGUAAAAAAAAAUGGCCAGCUCUUUCACAUUGACUUUGGACAUAUUCUUGGAAAUUUUAAGUCUAAAUUUGGCAUUAAAAGGGAGCGAGUGCCUUUUAUUCUUACUUAUGAUUUCAUUCAUGUGAUUCAACAAGGAAAAACAGGAAACACAGAAAAGUUUGGCCGGUUCCGCCAGUGCUGUGAGGAUGCCUAUCUGAUCUUACGCCGGCACGGGAACCUCUUCAUCACCCUCUUUGCACUGAUGUUGACUGCAGGGCUUCCUGAGCUCACAUCAGUCAAGGAUAUACAGUAUCUUAAGGACUCACUUGCCUUAGGGAAGAGUGAAGAAGAAGCACUCAAACAAUUUAAGCAAAAAUUUGAUGAGGCACUCAGGGAAAGCUGGACUACUAAGGUGAACUGGAUGGCCCACACGGUUCGAAAAGACUACAGAUCUUAA